UUUUCUCUCCCGAAAGAAGUGAGACCGAUAUACAGCACUUCCGGUCAGUGAUGGCGGCCUCCGUCGGGCUAGUAACGGGAUUUCGGUUCUUGUGUCGAAGACUGCGACUUCCAAAACAGGAAAUUAGAUGUGCGCAUGCCAGUCGAAGUUCUGGGAAAUGUGGGACUUUGCUUGUGGCGGGUAUUGGACAGGGCGCCUGGGGCGCAGCAGCACGCCUGCACACGGGGAGCGUUUUCUGCUCUCUCCCCCCAGCUAUCACAGUCACAGACGAAGCAGAUGUGCUGUAUAGGAAAGUGGAGGUUCUUGUGAAGGGACAUGACAAGGCGGUUCUGGACAGCUAUGAGUUUUUCACCACCAUGGCUGCUCAGGAGCUCGGGGUCACUAUAGGUCAAGUUUAUGAACCCAAAAAGAAGAUAGAGAGACUGACCGUCCUUAAGUCUGUUCACAUCCACAAGAAGCACAGGGUGCAGUAUGAGAUGAGGACACACUACAAGUGUAUAGAGUUUUUACGGUUAACAGGUUCUACUGCAGAGGUGUUUCUAGAGUACAUUCAGCGUAACCUGCCUGAAGGGGUUGCAAUGGAGGUGACUAAGACUGCAAUAGAAAAGAUCCCAGACCACAUCCUGGAGCCACUGUGGAACUCCACCCCCCAGAAAGAACAAUCCAGCCAAUAAGGAGCAAGAAGGCAGGGCAAUGCAACAGACCUUCACAGUGUCAUGUCAGGGAUUGGACAGACAAAAUGUACAUUCAGUGCUGGGCUAAGCUAAAGGUGUGCUGUUAAGAAAUACCCUCAUCAUUUCAGUACUUCAAAUUCCAUCAAAGGGCAAAGUUCAGCUUUUGGAGUUAAAAUUGUCUGUAGUUCCUGAAAAGGCAAAAAUUCCAAUGUCAUAUUGAUGUUAGUAGUGUGUUGUAUAAAUAAUUCUGAUUCAAUAAAAUGUUUUCACUUCGUUUUCACAGU